AUGCACCCCGUCUCCCUCUUCGCCCUCCUCACCGCCAGCGCCUCAGCCUCCGUCACGCCUGUCACCCCUCGCCAAUCCGCCGUCAACCAAAAUGUCAUUCCCAAGUCUUUCGGAGUGACAGCCGGCCAGGGCAAGGACCAAGUCCAGGUUGGCAGUUGCAGCGGUGCCAACAACAAGCUGAUUCCCUGCUAUUGCCCUCCCGCACCCGACAGCCCCGAGUUCCUCUCGAAGCUCGCUAAGGCCCUGGCCGAUGGCUUCAUCUUCAGCAAGGAGCAGGUCGCCGUACCCAUCACGCUCGAGAAGUUUAACGACGACUCGGACACAUCGUCGAGACCACCAAGCUCCGCGCCACCGCCAUGA